AUGCAAAUGGAAUCAUGGCGACAACGAGGAUAUGUCCCCGACUCGGACGAGGAAGAUGGCUUCGAUUCUCUAGACGCUAAGAAGGACAAUGUCGGAAAUAGCCCUGCUGUCGAAAAUCUUGAAUAUAUCGACAACCCUUCAUCAUCGCCGAAGGAAGGGACGAGAAGUGUGACGAAGGAGCAGCACGAGCACUUUCGGGCUGAGAAUGGCUCUAUCACACUCUCAGAUACGGAGGAAGCGGUGCGAGGGGGCACGGACCGAGCAAGUCCUCACUCGACAAAUGCCGCGCAUGACGAAACGACACCAAAACAAAGAAAAGUACGCAAGACAUACGGACUUCGAUCGUCGGCUACAAAAUCAACGAAUCGCCGCAGCAGUGACCUGCGUAAUACCAAUGCCUCCGCAAAGAACAUAGCCAGCAUAUACGAUUUCCCAACGUCGUCACAGGAACAUGACAGGCCUCAAUCGACGCCCUCGAGCCGCGAGUCUACGCCGAAGCCCUUGAAGACCGCACGGCCCUCGCAGUCACAAGCUAUAGCAGAGCCGCCCAUCCCCAAGGACAUCACACAGAGUGAGGCCUCAAGCACUCGGAGCUCCUCGCCUGACGAGUUGGUGCUGAUCCCUCAGCCAACUCGGAAGAAAAAGCCUGUGGUCAACCAUGUUCAGCCAAUCGAGGCGUCGCCACCACCGCCGCAGGAGGUUUCGGAAGAUGACUCCCCGUUAUCUUCUGUUCCGUCAUCCUUUGGCUCUCCGCCGGACAAGGAUUCUACAGAAAUACACGCAGAUGAUGUGAUAGAGACAGAACCAGAAAGACCGGCAGAUGGGGAGGCAGAUCUACGAAAAGCAGUGCUCAUUGAACUAGACGCCAACCGGGACGAUGUAUCACCUCGGCUUGAUAUCUCUGAAGAAGUGUUGCGAGAAUUACCCCAUGCUGCGCAAAGAACAUUCCGAAAGCGCAAUGCCAUCCAAAUGCACCCGUACCAUUUGGAACAGCUUAAGUUCGCCCAGCAACUGCAAGCGCGGGGUGUCAAGCCUUUCGGUCGACCGGCACAGCAAAGACAGCAGGCUACUGAUGAAAGUCAAGAGCAAGAUUCAUAUGAUCCCGAUGCACCUCCAUCAAGCCCUCCUCUUGAAGAGUAUCUCCCGCCGGUAAGACAUGAACGGCAUCGUGGCCCGCAAUCUGCUGCGCAAGGACGGGAAUACAACGACUCAGAGCAUCCUCGGCCAUCGCAAGCUCAUCUGGCAAAGCGGCAGAAGACUUCUCAUUCUGCAACUCCCAAAGAUCGUCGAAAUAUACACAAACCAUCAAGACCUCGUGGCAUUAGAGACAACAAUACAGCUACUGGGAAUCAAAACGGUAUUUCUAUAUAUGAUCUAUCAUCUAGCCCUCCACACGCAGGCCGUUUAUCUUCGACGUCAAGAACUCCUCGUGCAUCAGAGGGAGGUUUCCGGUUCCCUCGUGGGUGGUCACCGCCAGAAGAAGUUGCGAAAUCUGGGGCAAAGGAAACAGAAGAAGCCGACCAAGCCCAAUCACCUGGUGCCGAUACAGAUGAUGAGGAGGAAGUACAGUCUAUCUCGUCCAACAGCCAGAGUGAUCAAGAAGGAACCAAGUCAGAUGCUGAAGAACGUGAAAUUCGACGAUUCCAACGCAUGAUCCGAGGAGCGCUCCCUGCGUCACAUGCUCGGCUGGAUCUGAAGAAACAUGCAGACAAAGAAAGAGCUUUGCAAUUGGAUCGUCAUGCUUCUUCGCAACGACCGGAUGGAAAGGGUGUUGCGCGGAAGCUCAUUCGAAAGGGUGAUCGUUCAAGGCAACCAGCAACGCAACAAUCACGAGGCUUGUUUGAUCUUGGAGAUUCCGACUCAGAUGAUGAGGACAAUCAUAAUGACGCCACAGGAAAUGACUCUAUGGCCAAUGACUCUAGCCAGAGGUUGACUGGUGCCCUUGGCCUGGAAGAUCCUUUCGCGCUGGAAGGGGGCGAGGUCUCUGAGGAUAAUCGCAUCGACUACAUGUUUGCGCCUGUUCCUCGUAACUCAACAGGUUCUAGACAAAAAGCGAACAGUUUGAAGAGGCCAAAAUCGAAACAAAGUCUGCUUAGUGGUGAAAGACAGCCGAAGAGACCACGACAAACCCGAAUGACUGAUGCCUCAUAUGGAGCACGAAGGACCAAGAAACCCUCGACUAUCCAACGACCAAGGAUAGGAAUCUUGGAUGCGCCAGAUGUUGCCACCAAGCCUCGCAAAGAGCAAUCGCGACUGCUCAGAGUAGCGACUAGACGACCACGCUCACGUAAAGAUGGAGGGAGACAGAGCCCUACUCAGAAGUUCCUGAAACUGGCCUCAAGGGAAGACACAGUGGAUGCAAAUGAGUCUUUGCGAGAAUGGAAAAGGGGAGCUAUUCGGCAGGCUAAGAUUAGCCCACCUCGUCCCAAAGCUCGCCAACACCGGCAUUGGAGAACGAAUCUUUCAAUUCUCAGUUCCCGGGCUAAGUCGAAUACUACAAACGGCAGGAUACCGAACCGAUUCCUUGAUGCAGAGGCAGACACUGAUGUUUCGAACACCAACACAGUGGAACCGGAAGAAACACAGGCGCCACCUGAAUCUAGCGCAGGAUCAGUCCCGCCAGACCAGCCCCCCAGUGGCCGUGUCCUCGUCGCGUCGCAAGCCAGAGCAGCACGGGCAUACAUGGGUUAUUCCUAG